AUGGCACAGCCAUCGACAGAAGAGAACGCGGUCUGGCGCCGCUUUAUCAGCGAGCAGCCGUGCAUGCGCGGUGCUUUGCUGCACCGCAGUGGCUGGAUGGUCUUCGGCGUUCUCGGCCCCAGCGAACACUAUGGCGAAGCCAUCACCUUCUCGCGCGUCUUCUUCUUGAGCGCCGACGGCAACACCCUCGCCAGUGGGCCUAGCCCACUGAGCGUCCCUAUGGAGGACGUCCUCGCCUCCUGGCUCUCGCCAGAGGACCUCCUUUGGGCGUUCUCGCACGCCCCGUUCGAGGCGGAACUCGCCGUCAACUGGUUCUGGCUCUGA